GGAGGACCAGGGAGGACAGAGGUCAGAGGAGCACCGGGGAGGGCAGGGGCGGACCAGGGAGAGACAGGAGGUCAGAGGAGCACCGGGGAGGACAGAGGAAGGCCGGGAAAGUUGAGAGAGGCCCAGGGGGACAGGGGAGGCCCGGGCAGUCCAGGGAAGGCCGGGGAGGCCGCGAUGCCCCGGGCCGAGGAGCGGCCGGCCCCUACUGCGCGGCCCCGCUCUACGGCGCGCUCCUGCUGACCGCGCUGGCCGCCAGCUCCGCGCGCGUGAACCUCGCUGCCUUCGGGGCCGACCAGGUGAGGGAUCUGGGCCGCGACGCCACCCGCCGCUUCUUCAACUGGUUCUACUGGAGCGUGAACGUGGGGGCCGUGUUUGCGCUGCUGGUGGUGGCCUUCGUCCAGCAGAACAUCGACUUCCUGCUGGGCUACAGCCUCCCGCUGGGCUGUGUGUCCCUGGCCUUCUUCAUCUUCCUCUUCGCCACCCCGGCUUUCAUCUCCAAGCCCCCCAUGGGCAGCCAGGUGUCCUCCAUGCUCAAGCUCGCUCUCCGGGGCUGCUGCCCCUGGCUGCGGCGACCACGCUCCGCCAGGCACCCCCAAGGUGUCCAUCUGCUGCCUGACCAGAGGGUUCCCCAGCCCGGUCCUUCCCCGCAGGAAGACGUUGCCAACUUCCAGGUGCUGGUGAAGAUCCUGCCCGUCAUGGCGACCCUGGUGCCCUACUGGAUGGUGUACUUCCAGAUGCAGUCCACCUACGUCCUGCAAGGCCUGCGUCUGCACAUCCCCAGGCUCUUCCCCACCAGCCCCACCAACACGUCCGCGGUCCUGAGGGCCUGGGCCAGCGACUACACGAUCCCGGAAGCCUGGCUCCUGCUGGCCAAUGUGGUGGCCGUGCUCAUCCUGGUCCCCCUGAAGGACCACCUGCUGGACCCCCUGCUGCUACGCUGCCAGCUGCUCCCCUCGGCCCUGCAGAAGAUGGCCCUGGGCAUGUUCUUCGGCUUCACCUCUGUCGUCGUUGCAGGGGUCCUGGAGACGGAGCGCUUGCGGUAUGUCCACCGCAACGAGACCGUGCCCCAGGUGAUCGGGAAGGACCUGCACUGGGCCGCGCCACUGUCCAUCUGGUGGCAGAUCCCCCAGUACCUGCUCAUCGGCAUCAGUGAGAUCUUUGCCAGCAUCCCAGGCCUGGAGUUUGCCUAUGGGGCAGCGCCGCGCACCAUGCAGAGCGCCAUCCUCGGCAUCUUCUUCUGCCUGUCGGGCCUGGGCUCGCUGCUGGGCUCCGGCCUCGUGGCUGUGCUGUCCCUGCCGGGGGGCUGGAUGUACUGCCCCACGGACGCUGGGAACGGCCGCAGCUGCCGCAUGGACCUCUACUUCUUCCUGCUGGCCGGCAUCCAGGCUGUCACGGCUGCGCUGUUCAUCUGGAUCGCGCAGCGCUACGAGAGCACACGGCAGGGCUCGGCCCCUCGGCCAGGCCCACCCACGCCAGGGCUCACCUCGCCCCCGCGCACCCGCACCCGGGACACAGAUAGCAGCAGGGCCAGCCCGCGUGGCACCUUCUGAGUUUAUUCUGGACCCAACGUGGAACGCGUUGGUUCCCAUAAAUAAGGGAGCCCUU